AUGGAGAGGGCGGCCCAGGGCGCGGACGGCGGCGGGGGCAGCAACAGCAGCAGCCGCAGCAGCAGCCGCGCCACCUCGGCCGGCUCCUCGCCCUCCUGCUCCCUGGCGGGCCGGGGGGUCUCCGGCCGGGCGGCGGCGGCCGGGCUGGGCGGCGGGGGCAGCCGCAGCAGCCCGGGCUCGGUGGCGGCUAGCCCGUCCGGAGGAGGCGGCCGCCGGCGGGAGCCGGCACUCGAGGGCGUGCUCAGCAAAUACACCAACCUCCUCCAGGGCUGGCAGAACAGGUACUUUGUUCUGGACUUCGAGGCUGGCGUCCUGCAGUACUUCGUGAAUGAGCAAAGCAAACACCAGAAGCCCCGAGGCGUGCUGUCUCUGUCCGGGGCCAUCGUGUCGCUGAGCGACGAAGCCCCCCACAUGCUGGUCGUGUAUUCUGCCAGCGGAGAGAUGUAUAGAUUGAGAGCUGCCGAUGCAAAAGAGAAACAGUUCUGGGUGACUCGGCUUCGAGCUUGUGCCAAAUACCACAUGGAGACGAACUCUAAGAGUACUCCAAGCUCCCGAAGCCGAAGUCUCACUUUGCUCCCCCACGGAACACCCAAUUCUGCGUCUCCCUGUAGCCAGAGACACCUCAGUCUGGGGGCCCCCGGUGUUGUCACAAUCACGCAUCACAAGUCGCCUGCAGCCGCCCGGAGAACCAAGAGUCAGUACCCCGGCCAGCUCCACGAAGUCAGAGAGAUGAUGCACCAGGUGGAGGGGCAGCAGAAGAACCUGGUGCACGCCAUCGAGUCCCUGCCGGGCUCCGGCCCGCUCACCGCCUUGGACCAGGACCUGCUGCUGCUCAAGGCCACGUCUGCUGCUACCCUCAGCUGCCUCGGGGAGUGCCUCAGCUUGUUACAGCAGAGCGUGCACCAGGUGGGCCAGCCCAGCCACAAGCCAGGGGCCUCCGAACACAUCCUGGGAUGGCCCGGGCCCAAGUCGCACUCCACAGAGCAGCUGAGGAGCGGGGCCCUCGGCUCUUUGCCUCCAGCCAGUGCCAACAUAACCUGGGCCGUUUUACCCAACUCCGCCGAGGACGGGCAGCCCUCGCAACCAGAGCCCGAGCCAAACUCGGGCCCCGACUUGGUUCUGUCCGAGGAUGAGAAGAGUGACAAUGAGGGCGAGGAAGAGGCGGAGCUGGGCGUCAUGGAGGACCAGCGAAGCGUGAUUCUGCAUCUCAUCUCGCAGCUCAAGCUUGGGAUGGACUUGACCAAGGUGGUGCUCCCCACGUUCAUCCUGGAGAAGCGGUCCUUGCUGGAGAUGUACGCGGACUUCAUGGCGCAUCCAGACCUGCUGCUGGCCAUCACCGCCGGGGCCACGCCGGAGGAGAGAGUGAUUUGCUUCGUGGAGUAUUAUCUCACGGCCUUUCACGAGGGCCGCAAGGGGGCCUUGGCCAAGAAGCCCUACAACCCCAUCAUCGGCGAGACGUUUCACUGCUCCUGGGAAGUUCCCAAGGACAAGGUCAAGCCGAGGAGGACUGCUGCCCCCUGUCCCGCAGACCCGCCCGCGCGCCCGGGGGCCGAGGACCCUUCCCAGAGCUACAAACUCAGGUUUGUGGCUGAGCAGGUGUCCCAUCACCCGCCCAUCUCCUGCUUCUACUGUGAGUGCAAGGAGAAGAGACUGUGCGUCAACACUCACGUAUGGACCAAGAGCAAGUUCAUGGGCAUGUCCGUGGGCGUCUCCAUGAUAGGGGAAGGCGUGCUGCGGCUGCUGGAGCAUGGGGAGGAGUAUGUGUUCACCCUGCCGAGUGCCUACGCCCGGUCCAUCCUCACCAUUCCCUGGGUAGAGCUGGGAGGCAAAGUCAGCAUCAGCUGUGCCAAGACCGGGUACUCGGCGACAGUGAUCUUCCACACGAAGCCGUUCUACGGGGGCAAGGUGCACAGGGUCACGGCAGAAGUGAAGCACAACCCGACCAACACCAUUGUCUGUAAAGCCCACGGGGAAUGGAACGGCUCCCUGGAGUUCACCUACAGCAACGGAGAAACCAGAGUCAUUGACACGGCCACCUUGCCGGUGUACCCCAAGAGGAUCCGGCCUCUCGAGAAGCAGGGGCCCAUGGAGUCCAGGAACCUCUGGCGGGAGGUGACCCGAUACCUGCGGCUGGGGGACAUCGAUGCAGCCACGGAGCAGAAGCGGCGCCUGGAGGAGAAACAGCGAGUGGAGGAGCGGAAGAGAGAGAACCUGCGCGCACCAUGGCGACCCAAGUAUUUUAUCCAGGAGGGCGACGGCUGGGUGUACCUCAGUCCCCUCUGGAAGGCACACUGACCAGGAAGAGAGCAGAGUUUUCUGAGACAGCCCUAUUUCGGGGAGGAAUUAAAAGUGGUACAGGAUCACGGUUCCGUUGGCACUUGCUGAAAACUCUUGUUAGCAUUCGAGAAAUGGUAACGGAGGUUAUCUACUGUGAAACUGCACCUGCAAACUCCGCUGGAACAUCGGAUCUCUUCAAGAGCCAUUGGGGCAUGUGUGUGUUCAUACUGUGUCCACACACACACACACACACACGGGAUGAUACACCUGCUGAGUGUUAUGACACAUGUAAAUACUGCACUCACCAGGGUUUAAGUGAGUCACCAUAAGCUUUUUAUCAAUGAAGUUUGGAUUUUUCUAUUUUUCACUUUGCCAAAAACGUUUUGCACUUACCAAAUUGUUCUGGAUUGGCGCAGUCCAGCUGAUGUCCACGUGGUAGAAAGUGGCUCAUUCCUGGUAAAAGUUUGGGGGGCGAUCAAGUCAAAAUUAUUGUUAUGAUUCUGACCUCUCUCUCUGCCUUAGCAUCUUGUCCAUUCUCAAUAAGGACGGUUACUGCUGGAGGGGGGUAGCAGGAACUGUCCAGGGUUUGUACCUGAGCCCCUUGGGAGAUGAGCCAGGCCCCACAAUGUUUCUCUGGGACAGUGUCUCAAAGCACUGGUCAUAUGUUUUUCAGAAGCUGUUUCAUUUACAGAAAAACAAAAUCAUAAGGAGACGUCACUACUUUCAUGAUGAAAAAAAGGGCUUUAGAAGUCAAAUACACACAAGCACAUACAAACACGCACAGCCACCACCCCAAACUUAUAUGCAGUUCGGGGAACAACAAAAUAACUUCCUGCAAAUUUUGUGUCUUAAGUGCAUCUCUCUGGUUUGAUCCAAACUACACACACACACACACACACACAAAAGCCACUGUGAUGAGAACAUACAUAAAACCUACAUACAUGUGCUCCAUGGUUUCAGCUGAAUUUUAGUCUGCAGCCUUGACAUUGAGAUCAAAGACAUGACCAAGAUAAAAAUCAAGGGAAAAAAUGACUUGAUUUUUGCUCAAUGCUUAAUUUAUUUUUUAUUGUACCACUCCAAUGAUAUUUAUAAAAUCCAAUAGCAUGAACGCUUCUCUGUAGUAAUACUAAUUUUGUGCCUUUUGUCUGAUUUCUUAAGACCAAUUGUUCACACUUUGUAGAUAUUAGACAAAUAUAUUUC